CAUCGGCACAGUCCACACACGGCUCUCCUGGCAGCCAACACGGGCCUCCAGACCACAGAGAAAAUCAUGGAGAUGUCAGGACCUUCCUCCCAGACUCCAGAUCAUAGUCGAGUCCAUGGAGAAACAGAAGAUCUAGACUAUGAAGAGAUGGAUUUCCACAAGCCAGACAGGGAAGCUGGACUCUUUUCUCACGAACAACCUAAGAGAGACAAGUCUUCUACCUCCUCUUCCUCCUCCUCUUCCUCCUCGUCAUCCUCCUCUUCCUCAGGUGCUGAUCAUGAGGAGCCUGACCUUUUGAAGGAUGAGCUUCAGCUCUAUGGAGGUGCCCCUGGAGAGGUGGUGCCCUCUGGAGAAUCGGGACUCCGAAGACGAGGCUCUGACCCAGCAAGUGGAGAAGUGGAGGCCUCUGAGUUAAGAAGACUGAAUAUAAAGAAAGAUGAUGAGUUUUUCCAUUUUGUCCUGCUCUGCUUUGCCAUUGGGACCUUGCUGGUGUGUUAUCACUAUUAUGCAGACUGGUUCAUGUCCCUUGGGGUCGGCCUACUCACCUUCGCCUCCCUGGAGACUGUCAGCAUCUAUUUUGGGCUGGUUUACCGGAUCCACAGUGUUCUGCACGGCUUCAUCCCGCUCUUUCAGAAGCUUAGGCUGAUGGGAUUCAGGAAGACCGACUGAGGCCAGUGCUGGGCCAGGAGCCACGCUGGGCCCCAGUAUGACCAUACUGCAUCUCCUGAGUGCACAAGGGCAGAGCGCCGUCCUGGGAGACACGCGGGCGGGCCAGUCUAGAGCAAUAAAGAGAGCGCUUUUCCUUCCAUGUAGUCUGAACAUUGAUACCAGCCUGGACCCAGGCAUCAUUUGGGCAGUAUUGGCAUGCAAUCCAGCUGCCAGGUUGGAAGGCAGAGGAAAGGUACCAGGCCUAUGCCCUUCGUGGUUCCUGGAUCAGCAGGAGGAUUCUAGGAUGUUACUACUCUCAGAAGACAGUAGGAGACCCCUGGGCCCUACAAGCUAUAAUCCGUGUGAGCCUCUGAUUCCUCUCAAAUUGCCAGGCCAUCCAGGUGGCCUCUAAGCCUUACAGAGUCAUCCAAGGAAAGAGAAACUACUGCCCUGAGGCAGGGAGCCAUCAUGCCAGGCCCCUAGGAUAAGCCUGAUACAGGGAGCUGCUGGGGGCAUCUUCUCUAGCCCCAUUGCCUAGUGCCGGCCCUGCUGCUUUGGAUUCCAACAAGAUUCAAAUAAAUGUUUUCUUCCCUGGACUAAAAAAAGAGUCAGCUAAAUGUUCCUUCAGGUUUCUUGAGUAUGAGAACACAUUUGGAGUCUCCUUUGACCCCAUCUAGUCAGGGAAGGCAACUUGUCUAUUGGAUAAAGUAUAAAAGAUAAUAAAUGUACAGCCCCUCACUUUAGAGCCAAGACUCCAAUUGCACAAGUUCAAAAAGAGGGUUUUGCAAACAUUCCUAUGAAAAGGUCUGGGGCUGUUAGGUACUCUAAGCCCAACAAAUACCAAAGGAGUGAAACAGAAGCACACAUACACAAAAAUUCACUGCAAACUUGGGUUGCAUAAAUGGAGGUACAGAGUCUAGAUUGAAGGAGGUGAUAGUAGUUCUUUAUACAGCUAGUCCACACCAACAGCAUGUAUUCAGUUGUAGAUUCACAUCUCAAGAGCAAUAGUGACAAACUAGAGAACAUACAGAAGA